UUUCAUUUUCCUUUCGGAUUCUUUAUUCCAAGACACUGAAUGGCGCAAACCUCAAGAUCCUUCGUUGUGUGUAAAUGGCGAAAGGUUGUUUAAUUACGCGGGAACCGAAGAGAAAGAAUUCAGCAAGGUAUCUGAGGAAGAGAUUCAAAAGGUUGAAGGUAGACAUGAAAGAGAUGAGCAAAGAGCAGGAAAGCGUCAAAGAAGUGCAGAGGCAAGUGGAGGCAAACCUCGGAGCAAUCCAGGAAGAAUGCGAUAAGCUCCGAGACGAAACCGCUCAAAUUAUCCGACAAUCUGCCCAUACUCAGACUCGUCUCGCUCUCGUGUUCAACAUCCUAAAGGCACGAGAACAGGGCGAUCUCGCCCAGGCUGCCCAAUUAACUCGGUCACUUCGGUAAACCCUAAUCCUUUCC